GCUAAGCUGCCCUUGGCGGGGGCUGGCACUGCCUUGUUCUCGCCGUCCGCGGGGUUGGCGUCAGGAGACCUUCUACCUCCUCGCGCACAUCACAUCUUCCUUGUCCCGCUCUUGGCUCACAUCACUUCUAUCCCCUUGUUCUCCCCUUCGUCAUGACUUGUCUUCGCUUCCAACAGUCCCUCACUCGGCCUACCUUUUCAGAGCACCUCUCACCGCCAACAUGCUCAAGAACCUUUGCCAACUCCUCACCGUAGCACUCGCCAUCGCAGCAUCGUCUGGCACUGGUGCCGACGGUCGCAGCGUUUCUCGUCGCUCAACUGCAGUCGAUCACGAGGGCGAGACGCUCUUCAUCUCGCGCAAUGUCACCUCUGGCGAGCUCGACAUCCCUUCGGUAGUCGAUGAGCGCGGAGAGCCCCUCGAUCAGCCUCGCCUCGUUCUUCCUCGAGCUGGCGGCUGGAACUACGGCUCGCAGAAGGUCCGUGGAGUCAAUAUUGGUGGCUGGCUCGUCUCGGAGCCCUUCAUCAAGCCCUCUCUCUACGACAACACCAAUGACAACCGCGUCGUUGAUGAGUACACCAUGGGCCAGUACAAGGGCGUGAACGACGCCUGCUCCAGGCUGCAGAGCCACUGGGCUUCGUGGAUCACCGCAGACGACUUCCGUCAGAUCAAAGCUGCAAACCUCAACCACGUCAGGAUCCCCAUCGGCUACUGGGCCUUUGAUGACAAGCAUGCGACCUACUGCAAGUCCAACCAGUUCGACUACUUGACUAGGGCUGUCGGUUGGGCUCGCGACAAUGGCCUCAAGGUCAUGAUCGACCUGCACGGAGCUCCCUUCAGCCAAAACGGCUUCGACAACAGCGGUCACCGCGGCAGCGCCAACUGGUUCAACAACAAGGACUACGCCAACCGCGCCAAGGCCGCUAUCACGGCGAUCGCUAAGCGCUUCACUACUUCAGAGUACGCCGACACUGUGACUUCAAUUGAGCUGCUCAAUGAGCCCCUCACCACCAAUGGCGACUCCGGUCAGAGGCUGCAAUUCGCCAAGGACUACGCCUCCGACGCCUACUACGCCGUACGAUACGCCCAGGGCUCCAACCCUACGAGCGUCAACGUCGCCUUCCAGGAGGGCUUCCAGAACCUCAACGUCUACGACAACUUCAUGCGUCCGCCCAACUUCCAGAAUGUCCUCCUUGACCACCACAUCUACUCGAUCUUUAACGAGAACAUCUACCUGAGCCACAAGGAUCGCCUGCAAUACUACUGCAAUCAGCGCGGGGAUAUCUCGUCGGCCAAUGGAAAGCACUACCUUGUCACGGGCGAGUGGACCACUAGCCCCACUGACUGCACUCGCUACCUCAACGGCCGCGGAAUAGGGUCGCGCUAUGAUGGGAGCUACUCUGGCUUCAACUCGCAGGGGUCGUGCAAGGGCAAGACAGGUUCGGGAUCAAGCUUCAGCUCGACGUUCAAGUCUCAGCUGAAGGACUUGUUCGACACGCAGAGGAACGUCUACGAGAAGAGCGGGUCAGGGUGGAUCUUCUGGACUUGGAAGACGGAGAGCGCCGAUGAGUGGUCUUACCAGGCUGGGCUCAAGUACGGUUGGAUCACGCGCAACCUCGACUCGGCGGGCAACGUCAAGUGCUGAGCGCAAUCGAGGAGCGAUAGUGA